GAUUGGUCGCUAGAACUACGAUUACCCUCUUUAGGCAACAAAAAUCCUACUCGUCAGACAAGAUGCAGCCAAUGAGGGGAGCAGCGAGAAGGAUGCUACCCGUAACCUGUAGGAGACAUAUCCCCGCUCGACUACGACUAAAGUUCGCUCCCGCGGGAAUCACUUCCUCCAACAGGAAGCAAGAUAUCGAGUCUCCCGGGCGCUCGGGCAAUGCAACACCCCUGCCGAGUAGAGCCGAGGAUGGAGACUUCAUUGUGUUCCUUCGACUCCUUCUAGGUCGUCCAGGCCACCUCCGCCACUUCCACAACCUCGUCACCCAGCCCGACAACGACUGGAACCUCAUGGGCUCGCAGGAGCCCCUCCAGGAAUUCCUCGACGCCUACCGCUACCAGCUCGCGACCAUGACCUACGCCGCCGGCGCCGCGCACUUCCACCGCCAACCGGCCCUCCGCAGCGUCUACAAGACGCUCAUGCGCCAGACGAUCCACAAGAUGCUCCUGCGCGCCGUGUGGGCGUACUGGUUCACCACGAGCAUGGCCGGAAUCGCGACCGAUCCGGACCUGAAGGAGCUCAGGAAGCCGUGGGCUGAUCCUGUUGUGAGGGAGAAUAUCAUGUAUAGCGGGCAUUUGCUGGUGAUGGUGGCGUUGUAUGGGAUGUUGUUUGAUGAUGACGAGUUUGAGAGGCCGGGGUCGUUGGAGUUUUUGUGGAAUCCGUUGUUUUUUGGGAUGGGGCCGGAGAAGUUCUCGUAUGAUGCGGGUAGCUUGCAGGAUGCUAUCCUCAAGGAGAUGGAGGGGAACGGAUGGAUUGGAGUCUGUUGUGAGCCGAAUAUGGUAUUUGUGGUUUGCAACCAGUUUCCUCUGAUCGGAAUACGUCUGAGGGAUGCUCGCCUGGGUACUUCGGUCGUAGACGACGUCCUUGAAAAGUACAAAGCAGCAUGGGACAAGAAAGGGCUCGUCGGCUCCGACGGCUUGCUGCCUGACGCGUGGAUGGUUAAGCAGGACUUCACUAUUCGCCCCAAAGAUCCCGCGUGGACGGCUUGGGGCUCAGCCUUUAUGAACUCGUGGAACGGCUCCGUCGUGAGAUCUCACUACGAAGACCAGGUCCUCGGGUACGUCACCAACACGGAAGGGGGUGAGAUCCGCCUAAACCCGCCUGUCGUCGGCAACGAGUUCAGGAAGCUGGUCAAGGAGGACGGCGCAGCGCCAGACUCGCGCGAGACGCUCCAACGGGCGGUGCGGAAUGCCAAGGAGGCUGAGGCGGAGAAGAAGGGAGGCUUUCCGUAUACCAAGCCCACGUUUGGGUAUACCGUCCAGUGGCUCUCUGAGCUGGGCAAGAACGCCGAGUUGACGGCGUUGCUCAAAUACGCAGACGAGAAGCUGGGGCCCAAGUGGGAGCGCGGCGGGCUGUAUUACCCCCGCAACGACGAGCCGUUUGACGAGGAGAUGAGGUGGACGCACAUGGACCCGUUUUCCGGCAACGCAGCGAUCGGGUACGCUAGGUUGAACGUGGAGGACGGGCAGAAGAUUAUCUGGGAGCAACCUUGGACCGCGCAAGACGUCUCGAUGCGGCCAUUUGUUGAUGCGGUGACGUUGACUGAUGGUGUUGACUUCUUGCGUGGAGAUUGGAGCGAGGAGGAGAGGAUGCUGGUGCUUACUGUGCGGUCGUGGGAUGGUUCGACGAGGACGAUCAAGCCUGUUCUGAGGAAUUUGGGGCCUGGGACAUGGAACGUGUUUGUUGACGGGCAACUGAGAUUAUCGCGUGCGCUUUCAUCAAGAGAAGACAUUGCUUUGGAGGUCCAAGUUGGGCAUCGAGAUGUUGAUAUCGUCGCUGUCAAGCAAGUCUGAGAUGGAGGCCGGAACUUUAUCAUAUCGUUGAUCAAAAUCUGGACUCAAAAUACACUGCCCCGACUGGGCUUAUACGCCCCUUUAUCAAUUCCAGCAGUAACAGUCGCAAGCAUCCCCAAGAUCUACGUUGCUGUAGUGAACCAAGCAUCAUCAGUAUGUACACAACGCUGGGCAACAGUUGAAGCCGCUAUAGGACUUACGCAUAUCCGCGGGCGUUGCUCCAAGGAGCACCACGCUGACACUGUUUAUACUACUUAGCAUUUUUUCGUAGCACGCGCGAUCUUCAAUUGAUAGGACUCACGUUACUGUUACACGCCGAAGUCGUGCACU